AGAGGGCUUGUUGACGCUCACGUGACCUAUUACGAGCUCAUUGCUCUGUUCGACAAUUUCAUAUUACUCUACAAUAGCUAGAUAAUUUAAUUUUAAUUUAGUCUGUUAUGAAAUUGUUUGCUUAUUUAGUCACACACGCAUAUUAGUAAUAAUCUGUUUUAAUGUUUUAGCAUUAAGCAGACGUUUGUCUGUUUGCAUAUUUUGAGUUAGCCUGCCUAGUUUAGUCUUAGCUAACACCAACAUGAAUUUAGACAACAUAAACCCGUCUGUUACAACAGCAGGUCCUUCUGCGUCUUCUUCUUCAAGUAAUUGCAUUGCGAACGAGAAUACAUUAACCAACGUGAGAAGCAUCCAUUCGGCUACAAGUAAUGCUGGAGCCUCGGCUGCUGCGGUGACAGCAAUGGGGGACGCAUCAGUGUCCAAUGGUGUUUACCUUCCUAGUGGAGUUCCUAAUGGAGACUUAAAGCCCACCAUAUCUACCACACCUCUGGCGGAUUUCCUCAUGCAGCUGGAAGAUUACACUCCCACAAUUCCUGACGCAGUUACAGGUUACUACCUCAACAAGGCAGGCUUUGAGGCUUCGGAUCCUAGGAUAAUUCGUCUGAUUUCCCUCGCUUCUCAGAAGUUUAUCUCAGACAUAGCCAACGAUGCGCUGCAGUACUGCAAAAUGAAGGGAACAGCCUCAGGGAGCUCCAAAAGCAAGACGAAGGAAAAGAAGUACACCCUGACCAUGGAGGACCUGACUCUCGCCCUCUCUGAAUAUGGAGUAAACGUUAAGAAGCCUUAUUACUUCACAUAAACAUUUUUUUGUGCUUAGCUUCAUGUUUUGUUCUCUCUUCAUCUUCACUGCUAAACCUUUUGCUACCAAGGUUUUGGAAAAUUCUUUUUUUCCCCACUUUUUGUGGAAUUUUGUUUGUCAUGAAAAUAGAAAAUAAAAGCUUUAUUGCUUGUUGCCA